AUGGUACCUUGCGAACUAAACCGUUACCAGGAGAUUACCACAACGGUCAGCAGACUGCGGACGGGGCACAUGGAGGGAAUGAAGAUCCUGCCCGAUGACCCCAGAACCUAUACAGAACGCAGGCACUUCUCGGGAACAGAGCAGGAUCCAAGCAAUCCCUUCAAUUGCAUCUAUGUUGCCUCAACCCCAUUCCGAAUCGAGGCAACUGCUGAAGGUUUUUCCCAUUUGUGUAAGUGGACCAUAACUUAUUUACGGAUCAGAGCUACUGAUUUCCUCUCGAGGAAACGAUUCGAUUACUUCGAUUUCUAUGCCAGAAACGAACCAGAAAAAAGCGGGUUUUUGUCUCCCGAAGUUGAGUUUGAACUUGAAUCGCCAUGUACGGAACCGAUUUUGUUUGAAGUGGAAGAUAACAUCCUUUGCUAUGGGGUGAAUUCCAAAUCAGAAACCUUGAUCGUCAGCCUUACCAGAUUAUGCGACGAAAAAGCGGAGGCUUGUGUCUUUCUCAAACUAGCCAAUGGGAAGACUUACCAGCUCAAAGAGACGUCGGACUACCAACAACCGAACGCUGAUCCGAGAGUAUUCUCCUGUGGGGGCCUGCAGAUGCACUACGAGUGCCCCAUUCGAAGGUGGAGGAUUUUUUACAAUGGGUUUCUCAGUGAAACAUCGUGUGAAAACCCAGAAUUGGAGCAGAUGGUUUACGUCAAAUUUGCCUUCCUAUGGAGAGCUUCGUCGAAUGUAUUCGACUUCACGACUGAUAUUCAUCCGAACCUGUUGGCGGACGGGUUGUCGAAAGCAGCCUGGAAGCAGCCAAUUCCUCCAGUCAGCCAGUUGACUUACCUUCAUUCUAUUGGAUACAAACGGCUUCAACUUCUCGGGAGGGGUUUUAAUCCAGUUCAACUGCUUGUGGUUCCAUUCAGCGAUGUAACGUGUCAAGAUCCGGAUCUCACUGGAGGAAAAGGCUCAUCGUUGGGAAAGCUUACAUCGCUGAGCAAAGAAUUAAGAAAUUUUGUAGUUCCUAAUGGGGUAGUUGUCACAACCGCAGCUUAUGAGAAAUUCAUUACUAAAAACAUUGCCAUUGCUAUUAAACAGGUCUGUGAUAAAAUUAUUCAAGAGAAGUUGCCAGAAACACUGAAAGACGCGAUACGGAAAUCUUUGAACAAAUCGUUUCCUAAAAAUAUGCGUUCCCUUAAAUUUGCAGUUCGAUCAUCGGCAACAGGAGAAGAUACCGAACAAAUGUCAGCUGCUGGCCAAAUGGACACUUUCUUGGGAGUUUCGGGAACAGAAGAAAUUUUUCAGGCUGUGAAGAAGUGCUGGGCUUCACAAUUCGGACACAUUGCCGUUGAAUAUAAAAGGCGUUACGGCCAGGUUUUGAACUCUCCGAUGGCUGUUGUGAUCCAAGAAAUGGUGCCAUGUGACGUAGCAGGGGUCAUGUUUACAUGCGAUCCUUUGACGGGAAAUCCCACUCUCAUGAGCAUCACUGCCAACUACGGCUUAGGGGAGAGUGUGGUAUCUGGAUCUGAAGAACCAGAUGCUAUUGUAUUAAGUAGAGAUUACUAUGACGAUAUGAUCAUCAGAAACAAGACAAUCGGAGCAAAGAGUAGAAAAAUUAUAGUCAAAGACGGAGAAGGUGCAACACUUGAAGAAGUUCCGGAGGACGAAAGAAAUGACUGUUGCCUUACGGAUGAAAUGGCGUUGCGCUUGGGGAAAGUCGGAGUCCAGAUAGAGAAGCAUUACAGAUCUAGAAGAGACAUAGAGUUCGGUUUCUGGAACAACAACUUAUACAUAUUUCAAUCUCGUCCAGUGACAUGUGGCACACAAGAGACGGACUUUGAGAUAGAGCAUGAAUUUGAUGCACCCUUGAGAGUUGAAAAUGACAGUUUUUCAAUUGCAAAUGCAGCGGAAGUACUUUCUGGAUCCUUAUCACCUUUGGGCUAUGACAUCUUCUUCAGGAUGUUCAAUCCAGUUUGGCAGCGUGGAAAAAUGUCGGAGUGGCAAGGGGAUGUGCCGGUCAAAUAUUUUCCAAUAUGUUGGGUGGCUUUCAACCUCCAUGUAAUGUUCAAUAUUCCGGAUCUGUUUCGUGGAAUGGAAAAGAACAGAAAAGAAGAUUUGGGUGCAUCGGCAGUGAUGGUGGCCUUCAUGGGGCGAUUGCUAGAUGAUCCCGAGAUGGCUCAAGUUUCCAAGGAUCGAUUCGCGUUCAGUACCACCAAGGAAUGGCCUUGGAUGAAACCUAAGAGAAGAAUAGAGGCUAUGUUCUUUGCCGGAAAACAUUUAGAUGUGGCUAAGAAAAUCAUUUCGGAUUACCGGAUUCAGCUGGGAAAAUGUCGAACUUCUCAAGAGGUCUUCGAUGUGGUGACGCGUCACAGCGCAGAUCUAGCAGAAAAUGUCAUGGCGCACCUUUUUUGUUCUCAAGGGUCUUCCAUGUGGAAUUUAAUGAUUCUUACUACUCUCGCCCAAGCGAAAGGAGAAUUCGACGAAAGCGUGUACAAAGAUUUUUCGACACUUGUGACAACAAGUAGUGACGUGGAGAGCGCCGAUGUGCCUGCUGCCAUUCAGAGUCUGGCAUACCAUGUGUCCCAAGCAAUCAAACCGGAAGAUUUCAAGAAAAUGGAUACGGAAAAAGCCUUACAAUGGCUGAAGGUGUCGACUUCUUCAGCGGGAGAAAAAUUCAGAGAUUUCUUGACAAAACAUGGCCAUAGAUGUGUUAAAGAGUUUGAUGUCCAUUCCAUAACUUGGGGAUCCGAUCCAAAACCACUCGUCAAAUUACUACAAGAUCUCGCGGGUCAUGUGACUGCGGACGCCAGCCAAAAAGAAGCUACAAAUUUUGACGUGUUAGUAUCUAAGUUAAGUGCUCAACUGGGAUAUCUGACAAAGUUGAAGAUGAGGUUUUUGUUGAAAAUGGCUCAAAGAGGUGUGCAGCAAAGAGAAAUGUCAAAGUCUUUGUGGAUCAAAGGAAUCGACAUUUGGCGCCAAAGCUACAGACAUUUGGCGAGAGUUAUGGUAGCAGAGGGUCGAAUACCCGAUGAAGAUAUUAUGUUCUUCAUGACAUUGGAGGACGUGAGAGAGUUGCUCAAGACACGGUCACCGAGAAUACUUGCAAAAGCACGUCAUCGUCGGAGGUUGCAUCCAAAAAUGGACAGAUACAUCUUUCCAGAAAUAAGCCGAGGGCUACCCAGACCGAUUAACUCUGAUGAGGAUUUAGUAACUAGCACUGAAGACGGCUUUACCAUGAAAGGCAUCCCCGUGAGUCAAGGUGUGGCCAAGGGAUACGUCAGAGUGGCAUUUACAUUGGAGGAUGCUUCUAAAAUCAAGCCAGGGGAAAUACUGCUGGCCUACUCAACGGAUAUUGGCUGGACUCCUUACUUCCCAAUGCUCGCCGGUUGCGUCACGGAGCUUGGGGGACUAAUUUCCCACGGUGCCGUUGUCAGUAGAGAGUAUGGGUUACCUUGCGUAGCUGGUCUUCAUGGAGCGACUAGGCGCUUCCAAACUGGCGAUUAUGUAUUAUUGGAUGGCAACAAGGGUGAAUUGAGGAAGAUAGCGUCCCCGUUGAGUGUAUCUUAACUGUUUCCUGCAGUCAAGAAAUAUCAGAUAGUCACGAAUAUUUAUUGAAAUUAGUAUCAGAAAUUAUUAGAAGACUA